GCUGGCCAACAUUGAUACAGGAAAUAACUAAUGAUAUGUAGCGUGUUUGUGUCAGUUUCAUCCUGGGACGGAAAAUAAUAAGUGAAUAACCAUGUCAAGAGGAGAAAUCGUUGUUCUUUUUCUUUCUUUACUGUUUGAGACUUUAUUGUCUGAAAACAAACUUUGUGAAAAGGAGACAGACUGCCCGAAAGAAAACCAGGCUGCCUUUGGUACAUCUACAAUGGACAUCCCAAGCUUCCUGGGACCAGCUGUCACAGAAGUUUUCUUUGUGGAUAGCCAGAUUGAAACAAUCCCCAAAGGAGCCUUUGUUGGAAACCCGCAGCUUGAAAAGGUGGAGUUCAUGAACACCAACACGACAUCUAUUGAGCCUGGAGCAUUUGAAGGUUUGGUAGACCUCAAGCAAAUCGAGAUCUCCAGCACUCCGUUAACAUCGAUCCCAGUUGGAGUCUUUAAAGACCUCAGCAACCUGGAGAGGAUUAUACUGAAGCUAAACAAGCUCCGUAGUCUUGAGAAAGGCUUGUUUGACGGUCUUGAAAAAGUAAAAGAGCUGCUGUUACAUGCGAACGAGAUAGAAUCCAUUGAAGACGGGACGUUUGACAGUCUUGAGAACCUUAUAAUACUCCAUUUAGCUAAAAACAAUCUCUCUGCUGUAUCUGCUGACUGGUUCUCAAACCUAAACAAAUUGCAGACUCUACGGCUUUACGAGAAUCAGCUGAUCACUAUUCCUGAUGAGAUUUUUCAGAAUUUGCCAAACUUGAAGGAAAUCAGCCUGCAAGGAAACAAAAUAGAAGACUUGUCACCUGAUCUUUUUCCACAUAAAGACAAACUAAACAAGCUGUUUUUGGAUAGUAAUCUUCUGACUAGUUUACCUCAAGGAUUCUUCGUUGGUUUCCCUCUGCUUAAAACUCUCACUCUACAGAAGAAUAAACUGACAAGUCUACCACCUGUGCUUUUUGGAGAAAUGCCUAAAUUGAUAGAAUUAAGUCUGAGUCAAAAUAAUCUUAGCGAUCUUCCAAAAGGAAUAUUCAGCCCUCUGAAGAAACUCAAGAAGUUAGAUCUGUCUAAGAAUCGCUUUGUCACCUUGCAUCCUGAGUACUUUGAAGGUCCUGAGAAACUCAUAGAGCUAAAUCUACAGAACAACAAGUUACAUUCGCUGGACACAGAUGUGUUUGAAAAGCUGCAAUCACUGAGCACACUCAGGCUAGCUCACAACGACCUCAAGACGCUUCCUGAUGAUAUUUUUGAGCGUUUAAUAAAACUGAAAAAGCUUUACCUCAAUGACAACCCGUGGAACUGUGACUGCAAUCUGAUGAAUCUUUACCUCUGGAUGAAAGCCAACUCUGACAAGAUUAGGUCUCCUGUUGUCUGUGAGAAUCCAGAAAAUCUAAAAGGGCAGGAAAUCAAAUUAUUACCAGAGGAUCAAUUUAUUUGCCCCACUCUGCCCCCAACAACCACCACCACAACUACCACAACUACCACAGCACUCCCAACCACAGAACCAACAACCACCAUCCUUACUACCACAACACCACUUCCUACAACACCAACCACCACUACACCCCCCACAACCACCACACCCACCACUACACUCACCCGUUUCUCCUACAGGAGGGAGGUCAGUUUAAGGCCUCUACAAGAGGCAGAGACUGUAGGACUUUAAACAAAACAACAGCAAUUUAGAGAAAUCUUACUUCUUUGAUGCCAAUGACAGUAAAUGAACACAAUAGCAGCCAUAUGACCUGCCAAAGCAUCCUUGGGUGAGAUGUUGAACCCCAUAUUAAAGUAAGCUAUACAUUACUAAUAAUAUAUUGUUGCUGAUUGCAUUGUUUAGCAGGUUGUACAUAUCAUGUGGCAAUGUCUCAUCUGGAAUUUGUUUGCUCUAAAGUAUUUCUGAAAAAAACAUAUUUAAUUAUAUAAUAAGUAUUUCUGAAAAAAAACAUAUAUAAUUUAAAUAUAUAUAUAUAUAUAUAUAUGUUAGCUUAAUCAUGUGUAAUAUGCAUAAUGCAUUGUACAACCAUUAAAAAACAUCUUCCUGGAAAUCUGUUUGUUUUUUAUGACUGAAAGCCAGGCACAACAAACACCCUCAGCAGGGGGAGACAGAGAUCCACGAGACUUCAAAUUCUCAUUCAGAGAAAACAAGAGGAGCUUAGGACACAAUUGAACACCAUUUAGAAUGGGUGAACAUGUGUCUAGAAUUUAGGUGAAGUCCUAGUAGAUUGAAUAAAACGCAUGGGCUUGUUUCUUCUGCUCUAGUUAAGUAUUACAGCUGUAUUUUGUCCUCAUCACUGGUAUUGGUGUUAAUAACAUAAUCAAAAACUAAAAUUAAUCUUAAUAGUUGUAUGCCUUUAAAAUAUGGUAUAGUAUAGAAUAAUGACUAUGGCACUGAACAGUAACUUUGAAGGGUGGGCCUUCAUUUCCGGAUUUAAAAAAUAUAUGUCCAAUUAAAAAAAUGUAAAAGCCCUUUUUAUAUGAACUAAAAUAUAUUUAUAAGGUUGUAGGGGCUAUAAGUCCAUUCACUGUCCAAACCCUCUUAAAACUCAAAGUCAACAUUUUAACCUAGUUACUGAAUAAAGUACAAAUCGCUUUACAGUAUAUGACCAAAUAGCUACAAACACUACAAGUUAGGUUAAUAAGUGACUCUAAAUAAUGAAUUAACAUUUUUGCUCAUAAAACUGACUGAAAUAACAAGAUAUACAAUUUAGGAGAAGUGGACAAACACUAAAUGACAAAAUGUCAAAACAAUAAAGCUGCAAAAACACACAACAGAGAUGAAUGUCCCUGAAUCUGUUGCCCUUGUGCAUGCUGGGAUCCCUCCAACAACAUCUACCCUCCUGGGACGAGUAAAGAUUAAUUAUGUAAUUAUUUCACAAAAAAAAAAAAAAACGUGUGAAAGAAACCACCGAUCCCACUAAACAAGACAACGCCCUUCACUUUUCUGUCUGUCAUGCUGAUGUACAGGAAAGUAUCAAAAUGUCUUUCACCAUUUUGUUUUAAUGCAAAAUUUAAAGUAUUAACAAUGUCAUGUGUUUGCCUACUGAACGAUUAAUA